CUCGCGGUGUUUGGUCGGUGUCGCGGUAUUUAGGUCAUGUGGCACUUGGCUGAAACGUGUGUCUGCAGUCUUUUUCCCGAGGUGAAGCAGCCGAGCAGACACGCAUUGCGUGCUGCUGCAAAGAUUUACUUAUCAUGGUGUUGUUGCACGUGUUGUUCGAGCAUGCGGCGGGCUACGCGCUGUUCGCCGUCAAAGAGGUGGAGGAGAUCGGCAUGCUGCUCCCUCAGGUGGAGGAGAGCGUGCUGAGCAUCGGGAAGUUCAACAGCAUGGUGAGCCUGGCGGCCUUCUUCCCCUUCAAGUCGGCGCAGGGAGCUCUGGAGAACAUGAAUGCAAUUUCUGAAGGUGUGGUUCACGCUGACCUGAAGUUAUUCCUAGAGACAAAUCUGCCCCUCUCUGGGAAGAAGAAAGCUGUGUUGGGGGUUUCAGAUGCCAAGAUCGGGGCAGCUUUACAGGAAGAGUUCAGCGUUUCCAUCCAGACUGGUGGGGUGGUGGCAGAGAUAGGCAGAGGUUUGCGUCUGCACUUCCACUCCCUGGUGAAGGGUCUGACAGGCCAGGCUGCGUCCAAGGCACAGCUGGGUCUGGGUCACAGCUACUCCAGAGCUAAAGUCAAGUUCAACGUCAACAGGGUUGACAACAUGAUCAUCCAGUCCAUUGCUCUGUUGGAUCAGCUGGACAAAGACAUCAACACUUUCUCUAUGCGUGUCCGUGAAUGGUACGGCUACCACUUCCCAGAGCUGAUCAGGGUCGUGCCCGACAACUCGAUGUACUGCCGUCUGGCUCAGCUCAUCGGAAACAGGAAGGAGCUGUCGGAGGGGAGUCUUGAGAGCCUGGAGGAGGUGGUGAUGGACAGCGCCAAGGCUCAGGCCAUCCUGGACGCAUCGCGCUCCUCCAUGGGUAUGGACAUCUCUCCCAUUGACCUGAUCAACAUAGAGAGGUUCUCCAAUCGUGUUGUGUCUCUGGCUGCCUAUCGGCUAGAGCUGCAGGAGUACCUGCGCUCCAAGAUGAGCCAGGUGGCUCCCAAUCUAGCAGCAUUAAUCGGAGAAGUGGUGGGAGCUCGUCUGAUCUCUCAUGCUGGCAGUCUAACCAACCUGGCAAAGUACCCAGCCUCCACCGUUCAGAUCCUGGGAGCAGAGAAGGCCCUGUUCAGAGCCUUAAAAACUCGUGGCAACACCCCCAAGUAUGGACUCAUCUUCCACUCGACCUUCAUCGGACGCGCUGCCGCCAAGAACAAAGGGCGCAUCUCCAGAUACCUGGCAAACAAAUGCACAAUCGCCUCGCGCAUUGACUGUUUCUCUGAGUUACCCACAAGUGUGUUCGGUGACAAGCUGCGCGGACAGGUGGAAGAGCGCCUGUCUUUCUACGAGACCGGCGAUGUGCCACGGAAGAAUGUGGAUGUCAUGAAAGAGGCAUUAAAGGAGGCUACUGAUGUUGCAACUGAGAUCAAGCGAAAACUGGAGAAGAAGGAAAAGAAGCGCAAGAAGCGUGAAAAGAAGUUGCAAGAGCUUGACGCCAACGGUGACGCAAACGGUGACGCAGAGGUGGAGAAUGGAGAUGCAGACGUUACCGUAGUGAAAAAGAAAAAGAAGAAACAAGCGGCUGAGGAGAUGGAGGUCCAAGUAGAGGAGGCAGCUGCUGCAGAGAACGGAGCAGAGGACACCCCAGGGAAGAAGAAAAAGAAGCGAAAAGCUGAGGCCGAGGAGGUCCAGGAAGAAGAAGCCGCUGCCGCAGAUAAUGGAGUGGAGGAAACUGACACUCCAGCCAAGAAGAAAAAGAAACGAAAGACUGAGACCAUGGACGUAGAGCCAGCAGAAGAGAUCCCAGAAACGCCUGUGUCUGAGAAGAAAAAGAAAAAGAAGAAAAAGGAGGCUGCGGAGUAGAUGUGCUCAAAGACUGAAUCUUUAUUUUUUGUGUACAGUUUAUUUUUAUUCCUCUUAUCUGAAGCUAUAUCAUGCAGGCAUUUUUUAAUGUUGUAUGUCUUUUUUUUUUUUUUUUCUCAUAUUUUUUUUUUUUUUU